UGAUAGAGCGUUAGAAAAGCGCAGAUCAACUUAAGCAUUCCGUCUAAGUAGAUAUUUGAGAAAAUGGAACGUUGGCAAAAUCGAGUUGCUGUUGUCACCGGGGCUAGUUCGGGCAUUGGAUCGGCGAUAGCCGUGGAUCUGGUUAAUGCUGGACUCGUUGUUGUUGGUCUGGCACGUCGCGUGGAACGGGUCAAGGAGCUGCAGAAAUCAUUGCCUGCUGCACGCAGAGACAAGCUAAUAGCGCUCAAAUGCGAUGUGGGCAAUGAGAGCUCGGUGAAGGAGGCAUUCGAUACGAUCGAAAAGCAGCUGGGCGCCAUCGAUAUACUUGUGAACAAUGCUGGCACACUGCAACAUGGCCGGCUGGUGGACAUGCCCAUCGCGCUGGCACAGCAAACGGUCCAGACCAACAUAAUGGGCAUCAUAAAUUGUACACAGCGCGCCUUUCGCUCGAUGAAGCAGCGCAAUUUCGAUGGCCACGUUAUUUUGAUCAAUAGCAUACUUGGCCACAAGCUGUUCGCUCCUCUGCCGGAUAAGGCGCCGGAUAUGAAUGUCUAUGCGCCCACCAAGCAUGCGGUGACCGCUCUGGCUGAAAUGUAUCGCCAGGAGUUCAUGGGUCUGGGUACGCGCGUCAAGAUAACGAGCAUCAGUCCUGGUGUCGUCGAUACGGAAAUCGUGCCAGAAAAUAUCCGUGAUAUGGCUAGCAAUACAAUGCUCAACGCCAAGGAUAUUUCGCAGGCGGUUUUGUUUACCAUUGCCACGCCUCCACAUAUGCAGGUGCACGAGAUGAUUAUCAAGCCAGUCGGCGAGCAGUUGUAAAUUGUUUGUGUUUUU